AUGGCAAGACAAACCGAGCACUAUGACGGCAACGGGAGACCAAUCGGUUCCACGCGAAGAACGGGUCCUGCUCGCCGUCAGGGCCUAUCAGCAGGGCCAAUUCAAAAGUACCGCAAGGCUGCGGCCGCAUACGACGUCCUCAAUCGACAGUAUCUGAUCGACUGCGCGAUGAACAACCUGAAGUUGACGGCGACGGAAGAGACUGCCCUGGUACAAUGGAUCUUGUCGAUGGACGAGCGAGGAUGCCGCCGACAGUGGCUUACACUCGUCGGAUGGCCAACUUAUUGCUUUCCGAGCGAGGCAAAGAUCCUGUCGGGGAAAACUGGGUGCGGAAGCAAAGUACUCGCCGAUACGACUACCAACGAGCCAAAUGCGAAGACCCCAAAAGAUCCAAGGAUGGUACGAUCGAGUCGCGGCGACGAAACAGAAAUGGGGAUUCUUGACGAGGAUGUCUAUAACUUUGAUGAGACGGGGUUUCAAAUGGAGUCGCUGCAACGGCGAGAGUCCUUACCCGGUCUGACCGGCGAGGUCGGGCAGUACUCACGCAGCCUGGAAAUCGAGAAUGGGUUACUGUGA